CAAAUUGAGGUUAGGUUAGGAUGUAAACAUGUAAACAACAUCAACAUGUUUCAUUGAUGUCUCUGUGUUUUAUGCAAGAAAUCUCUGUGGUUGUACUAUUAUACGUUUCCAACAAAUAUUCCAAAUCCCGCAGCUGUGAUUGGAAUAUUAGGAUAGCCGUGAUAACCGAAUUAAGAUGUGUAUGAAAUCAGUUCUUGUCAAGGGUUCAAUUUUGAUCUGGAUCUCCUGAUGCAUAAAUCUAUCCUAGAUGCAGUUCAAUCAGUCAUCAUGAAAGAUAGUGGUAGUAAGUCGCAGCAGCAGUGGAAUCCAAGUGGAAAAUAGUUAACAUCACAGAAAGUAGCUGCUUCUCAGGUUCGUCUUCAUCAUGGAAAAGUCAAACGAGAAAUCUUCCUGCACAUCUCCAGAUGCCAAAGUUCGAGUUUUGCACAAAAAGAAAUUUGAAAAACUGGAUGUUUGUUAUGAUCCAUUGAUUGCGGGAAGCAUAGACGGCACUGACACCACACCGCAUGACAAUGCCAUAGUCAGAGCGAUGAAUGCGAAGUAUCGACCGCGAAAAUUUGAAGAUGGAAACCCUUAUACAACCAUAUUUGUCUGGAAACUGCGUCCAACUGUAACAGAAACUUAUCUUCGUGAAAAAUUCUCAGUUUACGGGAAAAUCGCCAAUUGCAAAGUUGUACGAGAUGUUGUUACCGGCACAAGCAAGGGGUAUGCGUUUGUUGAAUAUAUCAAUGAAGACGAUGCCUAUACUGCUUAUAUCGAGGCUCGAAAUAUAACCCUCGAUGGUCAGAAAGCAAUGGUAGAUUUUGAGCGUGGGCGCACUCUUCCAGGAUGGAAACCUCGAAGAUUAGGAGGUGGUUUUGGUGGCAGGAAGGAGUCAGGACAGCUGAGAUUUGGUGGCAGGUCGUGUCCAAUUGCGGAACCUAUCACCAUUGCUCAAUACAAAUCUUCAAAUUAUCAUAGCAAGAAAAAUUACCGGCGAUAAAUCACGGUCCUUCUCAUUGCCUUCAACUAUUAUAGAAAUAGGGUAUGGUCUGGUAGUUUCACCAUUAAUAUGCAUCAAUUUCACUAUGCAAUUGGAAUUUUGCAAUUUUUGUAAAAGUUUGUAAAUUUUCUAUGUAAAUUAUGUAAGUAUAUUUUUGUAAAUUUAUCUUCUAGUCAAGCAACCUUUUAUAAUUGGUCAUUUGGAGAAUAAACCCUAUAUCACUGUCUUCUGUCAA